AUGGACUGCAUUAAAGAAUUAAUGGAGUGCAUGGGAAUUUGGAAUUGGGCACUAGACAAAGGAAAGAAGUGGUACUAUUUGCGUGAUAAUCUAAGGUCGCUCGAAACGAAGUUGCAAAUAUUAAGCGGCAGAAAAUCUGACCUCGAGUCGCAGGUGACAGAUGCAGAAAGAUCAGGUACUAAGAAAAGGAAAAGGGAGGUUGAGAUUUGGUUUGAGGAGGUAGCAAAAAUAGAGACUGAAUUCGUUGCAUUGAAAACGAGCAUAGAACAGGGUAAUCUUCUAAGAAAUGCAUUUAGCAGUGGGGAUGGAGUGGAGAAAAUGGAUGCAAAGGUACAAGACCUUAUUGAGCAAAGUGAGAAAUUUGGUGAGCUUUGCCUUGAGGUUUUUGAGAGCAGAGGUAAGCCGCGAGUGACAACGAAAUUAUUUGGAGAAAAGUUUGACAGAGAUUUGAAAGAUAUCUUAAGGAUUGGAGAAAAGUUGGACACCAAUGAGAUCUUAAGGAUUGGGAUUUGGGGGAUGGGUGGCGUGGGUAAGACUACAUUGGCGGAACACAUCCAUGAUCAUCUCCUUGAGAAUCCUCAAUUCAAGGUUUAUUGGAUUUCUGUCUCCCAAGAUUUUACCAUCAAAAGGCUGCAAGGUGACGUUGCUAAACGCUUAGGGCUUGAUCUGUCACACGAGGAUGAUGAAAAAGAGAGGGCACAUAGGUUGCGUGAGGCAUUCGAGAAAAUGGAGGAAACGGUAGUGCUCAUAUUGGAUGAUGUUUGGGAAGACUUUGGUUUAGACAGCUUGGGGAUUGGUGCAAGAAAUUGCAGACUGAUUUUGACUACACGCUCAGAAGAUGUGUGCAACCAGAUGCAAUGCCGCACUUUUGAAUUGAAAACUUUGGACACAGAGGAAGCUUGGGGUUUGUUCAAGCGUACACUUGGCAACGAGACCGUGCUUGAUGGAGAAUUGAAAGAUAUUGCCAAGUCCAUCACGGAAAGGUGUGGUGGUUUGCCUCUUGGUAUUGUCACAGUGGCUGGGAGCAUGAGAGGUGUGAGAGACAUCUGUGAGUGGAGAAAUGCAUUGGAAGACUUGAAAGCUGGAGGGAACGAUAAGAUGGAAGAAAAGGUGUUUCGCAUCCUGGAAUGGAGUUUCAAUCGCCUGAAUAAAUGUGAAAAGAAUUGCUUCUUGUAUUGCUGUCUUUAUCCAGAAGAUAGUGAUAUAAAAAGAGAGGAACUAAUAGACCUGUUUAUUUGGGCAGAGCUGACGUCAAAACGGGGCUCAAGGUCAAAAGCAUUUGAUGAAGGUCAAACGAUAUUAAACAAACUGAUAAGAGUUUGCUUGCUGGAAGAAACAAAAUAUUUCGAAGGGGGUGACUGUGUGAAGAUGCAUGAUUUGGUCAGAGACAUGGCAUUAAGGAUCACGCAUGGAAACUCCACACCAGAGAGCAGCAGAGAUGAUGUACCACGAUUCUUGGUGAAAAGCUUAGGACAGGAACAUUCACAUGUAACAACACUGGAACAAGAAGAGUGGACACAAGAUCUCCGUGCAGUUUCCUUCUAUUCACAAAAUUCCGAAGGAAUAGAAAUUCCGCCAGCCUGGUCACCAAAUUGUCCUAAGCUCUCAACCUUGCUUCUCUCUGAUGUUUACAUAAAAGAAAUCCCAGAUUCAUUCUUUCGGCACAUGUGUGGACUUAAAGUUUUGAAUCUAUCUUGGUGCGAAGGCAUAACAGAGCUGCCUAAUUGUGUUUCAGACAUGGUGAAUCUCACUGCCUUGAUUUUGAGGGAUUGUAAUGACCUCCGAUCUGUGCCACCACUGGGAAAGCUCGAGCAAUUGAGGGAUUUGGACCUAUUCUCCCCUAAGAUUGAGGAUUUACCUGAGGGUUUGGAGUCACUGGUCAACCUCGAAAGGCUUAACUUGGACAAAAGGGACGAAAGGAUUUACCCAAAAGGUUGGGAGUGUCGGAGUUUAAGACGAAAGAUAAUAAUACCAAAAGGGACAUUUUCCCAAUUUCACCGUCUUCAACGGCUAUUAUUGCCAGGCAAUUGUAGGGUACAAGUUAAUGAUCCAGAAGUGUUGAACCAGUUAGAAAGUUUUAAAGGAUGUUUGUCUUUUACGGACUUCUAUAAAAUUACUCGGUGGCCAAAAUACUAUAAUCAUGUUUAUAUCACUGACAUAUUAACUGAGGAUCCGAGUUUUGUUAAUGAAGUGAGGGCAUGGGAGAAACAACUGUAUUUCCAUCAGUGUGCUUGUCAGAUGUUUUUAAGAAUUUUAUAA